GGCCCCAAGCCUUGUGGGAGCUGUAAUUAUGGCGAGCCUGAGGGUAGAGGCUGAGCAGGAGCCGCUCUUAGGCCACAGCAUACGCGGAAGCAGAGAAUGGGAUAUUAUAGAAACUGAGGAGCAUUAUAAGAGCCGAUGGAGAUCUAUUAGGAUUCUGUAUCUUACCAUGUUUCUUAGCAGUGUAGGAUUUUCUAUUGUGAUAAUGUCAAUAUGGCCAUAUCUCCAAAAGAUUGAUCAGACUGCCGAUGCAAGUUUUUUGGGCUGGGUUAUUGCUUCUUUUAGCCUUGGCCAAAUGGUAGCUUCACCUAUAUUUGGUUUGUGGUCUAACUAUCGACCAAGAAAAGAACCUCUUACUGUUUCCAUUUUCAUUUCGGUGGCAGCCAACUGCCUGUAUGCGUAUGUCCAGGUUCCAGCUUCUCAUAAUAAAUACUACAUGUUGGUUGCUCGUGGAUUGGUGGGAUUUGGAGCAGGAAAUGUAGCUGUUAUUAGAUCAUAUAUUGCUGGUGCUACCUCUCUUCAGGAAAGAACAAGUUCCAUGGCAAACACAAGUGCGUGUCAAGCAUUAGGUUUUAUUCUAGGUCCAGAACCAAUUUUCUUGCCCCUGUUGAGAUGUCUGAUGCAGGUGGAUGAUUCCAUAUAUUACUUCCAAUUCUAUGUUUUUCAGACUUGUUUUGCACUCAUUGGAGAAAAGGGCGUGACAUGGGAUACCAUUAAGCUGCAGAUAAACAUGUACACAGCACCAGUUUUACUUGGCGCCUUCCUGGGAAUUUUAAAUAUUAUUCUGAUUCUUACUAUAUUAAGAGAACAUCAUGUGGAUGACUCAGGACGACAGUGUAAAAAUAUUAAUUUUGAAGAAGCAAGUACAGAUGAAGUUCAGGUCCCCCAAGGAAAUAUUGAUCAAGUUGCUGUUGUGGCCACCAAUGUUCUGUUUUUUGUGAUUCUGUUUAUCUUUGCCCUUUUUGAAACCAUUGUUACUCCAUUAACAAUGGAUAUGUAUGCCUGGACCAGAGAACAAGCUGUGUUAUAUGAUGGCAUAAUACUUGCUGCUCUUGGAGUUGAGGCAGUUAUUAUUUUCAUGGGGAUAAAAUUACUUUCCAAAAAGGUUGGCGAGCGUGCUAUUCUACUGGGAGGACUCAUUGUUGUAUGGGUUGGCUUCUUUAUCUUGUUACCUUGGGGACAUCAGUUUCCCAAAAUACAGUGGGAAGAUUUACAUAAUAAUUCAAUCCCUAAUACCACAUUUGGAGAAAUAAUUAUUACUCUUUGGAAGAUUCCAAGAGAAGAUCACAAUGAAGGACCAACUGGUUGCCCAGUUGAACAAGCCUGGUGCCUCUACACACCCAUGAUCCAUCUGGCCCAGUUCCUCACAUCAGCUGUGCUAAUUGGAAUAGGCUAUCCAUCCUGCAAUGUUAUGUCAUAUACAUUAUAUUCAAAAAUUCUAGGGCCAAAACCUCAGGGUGUGUACAUGGGCUGGUUAACAGCGUCUGGAAGUGCAGCACGGAUUCUUGGACCCAUCUUCAUCAGCCAAGUGUACGCUGCCUGGGGUCCACGAUGGGCUUUCAGCCUUGUGUGUGGAAUGGUGCUGCUCACCAUCACACUCCUGGGUGUGGUUUCCAGAAGACUCAUUGCUUUUUCUGUAAGGCAUGGAAGGGUUCAAGAAGAACCUAGCUAAGACUGUGGUGGAAAGUACUUGCUGUGUGGAACUUUCUCUUUUAAGGCUCUGCUAGACGAUUGCUGAGAGUCAGUUUCCUAAAGUCAGGUUGUAGAUAUUGCAUAUGUUGAAUAACAAGAACAUAUAUUGAAUAAAAUAGGGAAUUCUAUGUGUAAUUAUGAACAGCAAGAUAAUAUAAAAUUUCUGGAUCAGUUUCCUUAUCUCAAAAAAGAAAUAGUCUUCAUAUGACAUUUUUUGGGGGGUGGCAUGAAGUUAUGAGUGAAUAGACAGUGGUCUAUAAAUAUGAAGUUAUACUCUUAAGUCAAACUGCAGAGGCGUCAUUAUAAUAACAAGAGAAUAUCUAUGCAGUGAAAUCAUAAGGAGAAUUCUGUAUGAAUUACCUGUAGUAGAAUGAAAUUAUAGAAAUUGUUUACCUAAAUAGAGGUACUUUUAUUCACAGCUAUCUCCUUUUUAUUUAUUAAAAAUGCAUUUUCUGUUAUUAUAAAGUUUUCCUUAUGAAAUAAAAUCAUGACUGUUAAAUUUUAUACUUACCAUGCCUGCCAUCCUCCCUUAGCUUCUAUAAGUCAUGAUUUUUAAUACUACACUUUCUGUCUUAUUUUAGUUCAGGAUCUUACUAAUUAACCCCUCAGUUAAUGAAUGUGUAUGAAUAAUGCUCAUAUUUGAGCAAUAAAGAGUAUUAAGAGAUUAAGAUGGAUUUCGCUACCUGUAGUACAGAUAACUACUUUUUUCUUUCAAGUCCUAAUAAAUAAUUCACUUUAGAAACAUAAGCCAGAUAUGUGUCAUUGUAUACAUAUACUGAACAGCAAACUGUUAAAGUCAUUGGCAUUUUCUAAUUCCCUUAAAUUCUAGAGAAAAACUAUUACCUUAUUUAUUUUUUCUCUCUCGGUAGUGGUAGGGAAGACCCAAUGGUUUUCAUUCUGUGUCUGCAUAGCUACUCAGAACUGCAGAAUUUUAAAUUUGGAUAGGCCCCGACAGCCCCAAUAUAGGCAGGCUAAUAAAUCUGAGGUAAAAUAGCUGUAAUCUAACAGUUUACCGAGUUUACUAGAAAUUGGCUAAAUCACACUAUGUAUACUUUACUACCUCACAUAAGUUGAAUGCUGCUAAAAGGGACUAGUACAGAACUAUCUAUAUGGAUAAUCAGUAUUACCCAAAAAUGCAAAAAUAUUUCUAAUACUUCUCCAAAUGUUUCCUACUCUAAG